AUGGAUAGAGAACUCAAAUACGAAACAGCAACAGAUAGAUAUGAAUUUACAAAAGAUGUUUGUUUAGGAGCAGGAGCUCAAGGUAUUGUGCUUCAGGGAAGAAACAAGAAGAACCACGAGGAGAUAGUAGCAGUGAAACGUAUCAAACAUAGGGUGGUCUUUGAAGGACACAAGACUUGUCUAGACAAUAUCAACAAAUUUAAAAUACCAAAAGAAGAGUUUAACCUCAUACAAAAAUUGAAUCAUCCAAACAUCAUAAGGUACUUGGAUUAUGGUAGUAGUAAUAGUGCCAAUAUAAACAAAGAAUAUAUAGUAAUGGAGUACAUGGAGAACAAAUCACUCUCCUCGUACAUGGACAAUAACGAAUUGAUGUUUAGAGAUGAAUCAAAAUUGGAGCGUGCCAUCGAACAGAUAUUAUUCGGUGUUAAAUAUCUGCACGAUCAUAACAUAGUUCAUCGAGAUAUUAAACCUGGUAAUAUUUUAGUAUCUAAAGAUCUUACUUUAAAGAUAUCGGGCAGUAAAUUGGUCGAUAUUGAUCGUAGUGUUUCUACUCAUGUUGGUACAACGUUAUUCUACUCACCUGAUCGACACUUGAAAUCAACAAAGGAAACUGAUUUAUGGAGUGUUGGCAUCACUAUUUUGUGUAUGUGUGUACAUGCCACUUAUCGACUAAAGAUCGAGAGUACUAUAAAUACAUUGCUACCGAAUUACGAUCGAUCGAAAAAGAGAGAUCUGUAUUAA